CCUGAUCGUUCAACCGUGACCACCCCCGGGCGGAGAACGCGGUCAGUUUGACGUUUAACUGUCACUCGAAGCUAGUAAAAGCCAUCCGCGGCGUGUAUCAACGAGCUCGUAACCAGCUCGCUUCGAGUUUUAUAGCCCCGACAGUGCGCGGCUCGCGUUUAUUGCGUUACAAGUGCAAUUAACUACGAAAACACUGUCGGUGGGACCCUCGGGAGCGAUCGUCGACGAUCCGUCGGGAUCGUGAGAUCGCCAUCGUUGACACGAGACUCGAAGCGAUCUCGAUCGAGCCGCCGAUAACGGACUGAUCUCGCGGACAGUUCGACGGCGUCGCGAAUGGAUAUUUCAAGAACAGUUCGUGGAAGUUCUGUGAAAAUCGAGCGAAGUUUUCGAGAACGGAAGAGUUUAGUGAGCUGCACAGGUGUGGAAGUCAGUGGCAGGUGUCCCGGAAAAGUUGGUGAAUCAUUUCGAAGAGGGAUCGCUCGCGAAGACAUGUAUUAGGAUGUUGUCCUCGGCGAUCUCCGGUACCCCGUUCAGUGUUCGCGACAUUCUCAGCGACGAUCAGCAGCUCGGCGCAAUGGAUUGCUACCCUGCCGCGCAUCACCAGCAUCAGCUGCAACAGCAACACGUCUCCCAGGAUUUCUACAAUUACGUCGUGCCGGAGAAUCAAUGGGAGUUCGAGAAAUUCAAGGAGCAGUCGAUGCCGGCUUACCCUCAUUAUCCCGAUUUGAACCACGUUCAUCAGCUGAACCAAAUCGCGCCGACGUAUCAGGAGCCUCCAGUCACCGAAGACGGUAACGUUGUCACGUCGAGCAAGACGGAGCUGAGGAAGAACCAGUCCGGGAAGAGGACGAAGCGUAAGCCGAGGGUGCUGUUCUCCCAGACUCAAGUCUACGAGCUGGAGCAAAGAUUCAAGCAGCAGAGAUACCUCAGCGCUCCUGAACGGGAAUUGUUGGCGCAAACCCUGAAGCUGACCAGCACGCAGGUGAAGAUCUGGUUCCAGAAUCGCCGGUACAAGAACAAGCGCGCGAGGAUCGAGGACGCGGAGAAAUUGCAGGCGCAGAACGUGAAGAGCCACCAGUCGCUGAAGAAGAUCACGGUGCCGGUGCUGAUCAAGGACGGGAAAAUGAACCUGCAGGAUUCGUACAAUCCGGCGAUCGGGCCCUACUGGUCGAACAUGAGACCCGAGCUGACGGUGACGAUGCAGCCGGACUUCCGGAUGAACGACAUCCGCGUGAGCCCCGAGUUCAGGCAGAACGGCGGCGAGCCGGUCAGCACGGAGUUCAAGACGGAGAUCGGCUCGAACAUCGGCGGGAAAUCGAGCUUGAGCGGCGAUCUGCAGUCCAGACAGCACGCUGUCGUCCCGGACGAUUAUAGGAACAAUCCGGCGAUCGAUUGUCAGCGGCAGAUCAAGACCGAGUACAAAGACAACGAGGUCUCCCCGUUCCCCGACAUGAAGAACAUGGCGACGGACGCGAAGCAACUGACGAGCGACGGCAGAGCAAUGAUGGAUAUCGCGGGCACCGAUUACGGGUUCGCGAACUACUUCGGCUCGGCUAAUUAUCAGAUGCAGUAUGUCAAUUACAUGGAACAGGUGCAGAUGCCCAUGGAGCAGAACCUCCAACGACUGUGGUAAAGUCGAACGAAAACCGGAAGAAACGUAUGCCGUGCUUCGGUGUCGCGAGCAAACUAUUGCGCAGGACACAGUUGGUGGAUAGAUAAAUUGAUCGUAAUCCGGUACGAACGAUCGACGGAAUAACAGCACGGAUCAUCACAGAGUUCGAUGGAUCUCGACGUUGACCCCGCGUAUUAUUUUUUUAACGAACGAACCGCGCCGCCGAGCGUCCAACCAACCACGUUACCAUUUAGAUAGCCAAAGAGAGUAAUCGAGGAUUGUCGAAGUAAUCCGGUAGCUUUAAGUUUAGCAUAGUUAGUCUUAAGGCCGCGCUAUUGGCAGCUGUGUUUCUUUUUCUUUCGUUUUAGUUAGCUAAGGUAUUCCCUUCGAAAUAGCGACGCGCCGCUCGAGAGGCCCGGAAACCGCUUCAAGUGGUGUUUCUCGUAAUUCAUCGUCUUCGUUCUUUUUUUUCUAGCGGCUCCCCCUGUCCUAGAGACUUUGCCGGAAUUGUAAAAGUCUGCCGCGGUAAUUUUGCGAUGGAAAUUUUUCUUGACGAUCCACGGCCGGCGCCCGAUUAAUCGAAGGAUGCGAUCUCAAGCGCGAAUUGUACUCUCCUGUCGCGCGAACGCGUCGCGUCGCACGGGAGAACGAGACAAAUGACAAUAAAGUAUUAAGUUUCAUUCAUUA